AAGGGAUCAUUUUAAGAAAUGAUAAAGAUAUUUGAAAAUAAUUAAAUGUACGAAUCUAGGAGAUCUUCUAAAUUGGUCUCUCGUACGAGUUAUGAAGAUGAAAAAGAAGAAGAAGAGGAAGAAGAAGAGUCCGAAGAAAUUAACUUCCGAUGGAGGAAUCUAAUUUUUUUGCCAUUUCAUCCUUUUUUUAAAGGAAUUGUUAUUUAUAUUGUAAUUAUAAAGACCAUUUUGGGACCUAUAAAUGCCGUAUUUCCUAUCAUACAUUGUUGGAAAACACCUCUCUACACAUUCAAAUUUUGUUAUUUAUAUUUAUGCGACCCCAUAAUCGGCAUUGAUACCUUUCUCCAUAUCCUUCACAGACAAGUUACUGACGAAGCUAUGAGGCGAGAAUAUUUACCAAGGUCAGCCUUUUUAUUGAUGUUAGACCUUACAUCCAUAAUCCCCUUUUAUCAAUUUGUGUCAGAAGAAAUUUGCCCCAAAGCACGGUUGUGGCCUAACAUACUUUCUUUCAAUGAAUUGGUGAUAAUUUACAGAGUGGUGGAGAGUUUUUCUCUCUUUACAACUCACAAUAUUGUACGAAUGUUUUGUGGUUUUACAAUUUUGCUGGCAAUAACAGUAAAUGGCAUAACAUGUUUUGUGUUAUUACUGACAUUUGAUGGAUUAUGUAAGAAUUGUAAUGAUAACUACUAUGAUUGGCGUAUUUAUGUAUUGCACAAACUUAACGAAACCGAUGUUUCAUAUUCCACAUAUGUAUAUGGCAUUUCAAUGAUACUAUCUCAUUUAAUAAAUAAACAGUAUGAUGACAUCAAGCCUUCAACAAUAUCUGAAUAUGUCGUUAUUGGUUUCUUAAUAAUUUGUGGAAACUUGAUGCUUAUUUUUAUAAUAUUUCCUAAAAUGGUUGCAGAAGCAUUGUUAAAAUGUCGAAGAUUUUGCACAUUUUAUCCAGAAGUACAUAGAAUUAUAGAAGAAACUAAGAGACACAAUCCUAGUCCAAUAGCUCACAUUGAUGUCGAAAAUUUCUAUACGUUAAUGUGGAAAAAACAUCACGGCAUCACUUCAAUACCCGAAGUUAUAUCACAAAUGCCUAGAUAUUUGAGAAUUGAUAUCAAACAAGAUCUGAUAUGGCCUGUAUUUUAUCAUAGUCCAACAUUAAGGAAAACAUCGGACGCUUAUAAACGAUGGCUUUGCGAAUAUGUACAUAUAGACUAUAAACUACCUGGACAGAAAUUCUAUGCUGGACCCUACUGUAAAACACAUUUAUAUUAUCUCAAGUCAGGGAUAGUACAGUUAAUUUCUUGCGACGAUGGAGUGACGCCAUUGAUUUCCGUAACAAGUGGGACAAUCUUCGGUGAUAUAAGUUUCUAUCUUCCACCAUCUAAAAGAAAUGUCUUGACCCGAUGUCUAACGUACUGCGAAGUGUUAUAUAUAACACGAAUUGAUGUAUUACAAUCUUUACACAUGUUUCCUGAGGAUCGUCAUUUAGUUUUAAAUCAUGUUAAAGACAGAAUUAAACACAGUCGUAUUCUACAUACAUGUAAACAACAUAUAAGAGGCCUAGAUAGAAGUGAAGAUGAAGGUAUUGCUUGGGUUAAAAGGAGAUGGUGGGAGAUUUGUGAAGCUGUUAAUAGUUGGAAUAAGUCCUCGAGGAGAGAAGGAGACAAAUGUCAACUACCAGCAGAAGAAUCUUCUUAUCAUUGUGCAAAAUAUAUUGGUCAGCUAGUAUUAUGUAGCAACGUCCAAUUAAAUAUGAAGUCAAUGUUUGCUAAUGAAAAAUUUCCGUGGAUAUUCGUGCCUGACUCAAAGUUUGGUCAAAUUUGGGGGAAAAUUGUCACCGCUACCGUUUUCUUCGUAAUGCUCUUUUAUCCACCUUACAUUACACGUAAUGAUAUACCAACUUGGUUCAAGUCUUUUCAGCUUUGGACGGAUUUCAUUUAUAUAUGCGAUAUCUGUGUUUCUCUUUUAACAUCAAUUGUAAGACAUGAAAAUGUAUCUGACAAUUUUGCAUCCGUCAUGCUGGCCCGGUGCAAGAGCACAAAAUUUGUUUUAGAUCUGCUUUCCACAGUCUGGAUUGAAAAUUUGGCUUUAAUUUCCGGAUUACCGCAUUUAUAUGCGGCAUGUCAGUUCAAUCGACUAAUAAAGAUUUAUAUGUUGUUUCCAAAGUGGAAUUUAAAAAGGGAUCCACUGUGUCAUACUUGCUAUAAAAUAGCCUUGAUUCAUUUUGCUUUUGUUUACAUUGUUAGCUAUUUUCUUUUUAUGAUUGAUAGAAAAAAUCCCUCUUUAACAACCUCUUAUUUCUUUGGAGAAGUAUUUUGCAAGAGUGGAGUUUCUGACGAAAAAUGCGAUUUUGAAAAGGGCCAUCCACUUAAUGUUGUUUUGGCAUUUUCAUUGGAAUAUUUAUUUUAUGAAUAUUUGCCAUAUACUUUAGUUGAUAUUGGUACUGCAAUGUUUAUAAGUUACUUUUUUUUCAUUAUUUAUAUAUAUUGCAAAUCUAAUUUAGUGGCUGCUCUUUACUUAAAAUAUCGAGAAAAAUGCAACUAUCAAUACUUUGUUGCAAAUAUAAAACAUCAUUAUACCCACCAUAAAAUACAUCCAAAAUUACUAGAACGCUUGAAUAGAUAUCUUCUAUGUCACUGGAAAUAUUACAAUGGAAUGGAUGUAAUGCAUCCGCACCUACUUAAAAAUGAGCCAUAUGACAUAUAUUGGAAGGUGCAUGGCGAAUUAGCUGAAAAAAUUAUUAAGGAAUCUCAAGCAUUUCUUUUUGCUGAUACUACUCUAAUUCGCGAACUAGCAUAUAAGUCAAGAUUCUUAAUAUUGGCGAAAAACUCUACACUCAUUCUCUUUGGAAUUCUUUGUAAAAACGUGUCUUGGGUUGUUCAAGGUUCCAUUCUCUCUGAAUAUCAUAAUUACGCAGGUGAACUCACGAGUACAAUUUAUGGUCCAGGAAACUUGCUAACUUCCUUUGGAGUGUUUUUUGGAACGGUAUCACUACGAACGCUUACAGCAUACACCGACUGCGAAAUUUUAUAUAUAAAAAUUCAAGAUUUUCUUCACAUAGUAAAGAAAUAUCCCAGUGAAUGGGCUAAUUUACAAAUUUGUAUUGAAGAGUUUUCCCCCCGAAUAGAAGCAUUGAGUCAAGAUUAUGUGACAAAACAUAAAAAGCAUCACGAAGAAUUUCGUAACCAGAUCUUUCAAAAUCGUCACCCAAAUUCAUCCAUAUCAGAUACAACAUCGAUAAAGACCAGAGGAUUUGCAUUUUUAAAUCCAGAGGGACGUUUUAUGCUCUGUUGGAUGAGGUUUCGGGUUAUGGUCGUUAUAAUUUCGAUUUCUGCAUCAGCAUUACAAGGUGGAAGUGGAGCUUAUUACCGGUGGCCGCUUAUGAAGCUAGAAGAUGUCUGCGACUUUGUAGCUACUAUUGAUAUAUUUUUAAAAAUGUUUCUCGCAUACUAUGACACAAAUGGACUACUUAUCACAAGUCUACCGAUGAGUAUAAAAAAUUACGUGACCCGAGGCUUUGCUUUUGAUGUUAUUGGUUGUAUGCCGAUUGUUGAGGUCAUAAAUUUAAUUUCGACAGAAAAUAUAAAAGAAAACGACGCCAUGCUGAUAAAUACUUUAGGCAAAUAUGCUCAUUUGUAUCUGGUUUUCGGAUAUUUUAAUUACAAGGCUGAUAUUCCAACUAUCAAUUUUACGUACGUAAUGAUAUUGAAGUGGCAAGUGGUUACAAUCCUACUUAUGCUAGGUACUAGUCAAUAUUUCGUAUAUUACUGCAUUGAUUUUAAGUGGGAUGAAAGAGCAAAAUUAAUUGAAAUGAAACGACAAAAUCAUUGCUGGUUGCCCAAUUUUUUUCCAUUGAACGAAACUCCAAGUAGCCAUCAGUUACAUAUGGUUUAUGCGGAAAGUUUGAAUCUGGCACAAAGCGGUUUUAUGAGACUAAAUCUGGGGAAGUUUCAAAUAAGUCGUGAACAUCUAGGACUUGGUGUGAUACUGUUGUUGCUUGGAUUUAUAUUCUGGUAUGUUAUAUGUUAUUCGUUAACCCUAUUGAUAUUAAAUUAUCGUGGCAAUACAAUAUUCCAACACGCCGUUGGACAACUGGGAAAAUUUUUAAAAGCAGAAAGGGUCGAAGACAGUCUUAUAAAUAGAACGAAAGCUCAUUUUAGGUACUGGUGGGUUAGAACUAAAGGAAUAAACAUACAGAAUUUAAUGAAUGAACGCAUCGGUGUUGUAUUUAGACAGGAUUUAAGUUUUUACUUUUUCAAGAAAACGGUCGAGGCAACAGAUACCUUAUUGCGAGGUGGUGAAACUUUGGAAAGAGAAUUAGCCAGUUCGGCUACUCAGCUUUACUUUUUGCCACAAGAAGUAAUAAUGAGAGAGAUGGAUUUAAACCCAUGGAUUUUCAUCGUACAUCGUGGUAAGAUCGCUAUUAAACAAAAUGGUGAAAAAUUAGCCACGUUAACAAAGGGCUCUAUAUUUGGUCAACUGGAAGGUCUAUUGCCGCGUCCUAUUCGUGUGACUGCUGUAUCUGAAGAUUAUGCUGACAUACUUCAGUUGACGAUUAAAGAAUUUCAAGAAAUGAUUGAUGACAAAGUAAGAAAUAAUAUCAAAGAAAAUCCUCAGUCCAAACUGGAUUUCAUGGCCAUUAAACGGAUAAUGUUGGAAAAUCCUUACAACACCGUUAAAUAUUUGUUAAGAGGACGUAAAUCUAUUAAAUUACCUUGGAUGGAUCAGCCGACCAACGUUCAUUCCAGUAAAUGGUUUCAUAAAUGGCUUUACCUGGUGUUGCUUUUUAACCCUGUGGCUACCUCUUAUAUCAUGCUCUUUGCUAUGAUAGCGCCCAAUGAAUACGUUUAUAUCUUUUUCGACUAUCUGCUAGUGUUAGACUUUUUGCAUCUAGUUUACAUCGGGACGGAAUUUUAUUCGACUGCGCUUGUAGUAGAACAUGGUAUGUGCGUUGAUCGUGAAUUAAAGUGGCGCCUGUUCCGAAAGUGGCACUUUUAUGUUGACAUACUGUCUUUUAUUUUACCAAUACUUGCACAUUACUUCGGUUAUCAUAUCUAUGAACUAAUUAGAUUGAUCAGAUUAAGACUCUUGUAUGACUUUCACAGACAGUUUUGUGAAGAAUUCCAGAGUACUGUUGCGCCUGUUCUUUUAAAGUUCACAAUUGUACUUUUUUCGCUUCAUUGCCUCACAUGUGGAUGGAUUUUUGUGGCCUGCAGAGAACCUGAGUUCCCGAUAGAACUGCACCCCUUACCGAAUUCAAUUAAUCAAACCGUUGACUACACGGAAUGGACAACGCCCGAUAAAAGAAUUGGGGGGUGUGCUAGAUUAACGAAGGGUUACAUAAAAAAUAACAAAACUAAUUUUGGUUUUCUGGUUCCCGUAUAUUGGGCUGCAGAUUAUGUUGUGGCAAUGUUAUAUAUUAUUAUAAUAUACACCCAUACUGAGACGGAUGUGGUUGUUGCAUUAACUUUAAAACAGAUGUAUUAUAAGUUGCUCCUACACAUGAUUAUAUAUUUAGCUGAGAUUUGGAUAUUAAGUGUUGUGAUCAGCGCCAUCUAUACAAAGUACCGGGAGCUAUAUGCGUAUGAUUACGACGUGAUCAAUCUUAUUCGUUAUCUGAAACAUUCUGGAUUGUCACCGAUACUUUUGAAGUCUGUAAAAGAGUAUACUAAUCAGCUCUGGAAAAGACAGAGGGGUAACUGGUUGCCGGAACUUGCACAGCAAGCACCUCAAUGUCUCCGUGAAGACCUCUUGGGUUCGCUUUACUUGCAUCACCUUCUCACAACCCCACUAUUUUCUGAUUUGCCUGUUUAUUUUAAUCGCCAGUUGGUUGCUAGAUUACAAAGAGUUGUGAUAUUUCCCGGUAAAUUUAUAAUACGAGAAGGUGAUAUAUUUUCCGUCGCGUGUUUUAUUCAUGAGGGUGAAGUUGAAAAAUGGUAUACGGAUACAAACGGUGAAAAAAAAUUGCAUUCGGUUUUGAGUACGAAUGGAUUUUUUGGAUUGAUACCGUGCUUGUUUCCAAACACGCCGUUCCAAUUCUCUUAUUUUUCGCGAACGGUCGUCGAUAUAGUAUAUCUAAAACACACAGAUUGGCAAGACUUGAUGUGGAGCUAUCCCGAAAUUAAGAAAAAUUUGUACGCAUCUGCUACUGCCUACAAAAAAAUGUAGUUUAUAUUCUAUAUCUUUCUUAAUAAAAUUACUAAUA